AUGUUUUUGUUUAUCAGACGAUAUUCUGCUCACAGCUAUCAAAAGACUCUGCGGUUACCGAGGACGAAGUUCGCUAACAGGUCAGAUUUGCGUAAGGUAUUUGAAGAAUUGAUACCACAAUGUUCUGAAAAGGUGUAUCAAAGGCAGUAUAAGGAGUUUCUGGAUAAGAUUUCAACAAUUGAGAAUGAUGAGGACAAAGUUUCAUUUUUGAAAGCUUGUUUGUUUGUUUUACAUGAUGGACCUCCAUAUGCAAAUGGUGACUUGCAUUUGGGACACGCGUUGAACAAGAUCCUCAAGGAUAUCACGAACCGUCACCAGUUAUUAGAAGGGAAAUAUGUGUUUUACAAGCCAGGUUGGGAUUGUCACGGUCUUCCUAUAGAGAUCAAGGCAUUGCAGAAGUUAAGCGAUGAUGUUAGCAACAUCUCGGCAACAAAGGUGAGGUCGGUUGCUUCGAAAUACGCACUUGAGACGGUGAAGACGCAGAUGGAACAGUUCCAGAAAUUUGCUAUUAUGACCAACUGGGAUGAUCCAUAUAUCACUAUGGAUAGGACUUUUGAGUUGGAUCAAUUGAGGGUGUUACAAAAUAUGUUUAGCCGUGGGUUGAUUAGACGGCAAAGAAAACCCGUAUAUUGGGGCACGGAGACACAGACGGCUUUGGCUGAGGGAGAGCUAGAAUAUAAGGUUGAUCACGUAUCUACCGCUGCGUAUAUCAAAUUUUCACUAAGCAAUGAGUCCUGCACUGCUCUCAGGAAGCAAUUCCCCUCUCUUGGCACAGAUCUUCCGAUUAACUGUUUGGUGUGGACAAGUACUCCUUGGACCUUGUUUUCGAAUAUGGCUAUUUGUUAUAACAAGGGCCUCGAAUAUAGUUUAAUUAAAUUGAGCGAAGAAAUACUUAUAGUGGAGUCGAAUUUAUGGAAAACGUUGGCCUGGGGUGAUUCCGAAGUGCCAGUGGUUAUUUCUGAGAUCAAGGGAACCAAUCUACAUGGUCUGAGAUAUAUUAAUAGCUUGAUGAAAGAUGGUGUUUCUAGACCAUUACUUCAUGGUGAUCAUGUUACGAAACAUACAGGUACUGGUUUGGUUCAUACAGCCCCUGGCCAUGGACACGAUGACUACCUUGUAAGUGUCGCUCAUGGUUUGGAGGUCUAUUCGCCUGUUGAUCACAAAGGAAGGUACAAAUUAAACGAACUUCCACCGUACUUACGUGAAAUAUUGAAAGAUUCUGACGGUCGGCCUAUGAAGGUUUUAGAUCGGAAUACCACAACUACAAUUCUUUUGUUAUUAAAGCGGAAUGGGAUGUUACUUUAUUCGCAUGAAUAUAAACAUUCAUAUCCUUAUGAUUGGAGAUCUAAAAAACCAGUGAUCAUCAGGUCAACACCACAGUGGUUUGCUGAUUUACGUGAUGUUAGGUCGUUAUCUUUAAAGAGUUUAGAUAAUGUUACAUUUGUUCCAUCAAGAGGAUAUAAUAGAUUGUCAUCGUUCAUUAGAGGAAGGACCGAGUGGUGUAUUUCGCGGCAAAGAUCAUGGGGUGUCCCAAUUCCUGUGCUGUACCGAAUCGAUAACCCGGAUGAGAUGUUGGUUAAUGACGAGAUCAUUUCUCAUAUUAUAGAAACUAUUGCAGAAAAGGGUAUUGAUUCGUGGUUUAUGGAAUCUUGCCCCGAAAACAUGAUUGAUUGGCUGCCUAGCAAGUAUAAAGAUGUUGCACACUUAUACUUUAGAGGGAAGGAUACUAUCGAUGUUUGGUUUGACAGCGGUAGCAGUUGGAAUGUAAUUAGUCGGUGGUAUAAAAAUACACUGGGGUUAAAGAAAUUACCAGAACCGCUAAGUAACGUCUAUUUAGAAGGCUCUGAUCAGCAUAGAGGAUGGUUCCAAAGUUCACUUCUUACUAGAGUAGCUGCUUUAGGAAAAGAAUCUACGCCGUUUGGUGCUGUUGUUACUCAUGGCUUUACUUUGGACGGCGAUGGUAUGAAAAUGUCCAAGUCACUUGGCAAUGUUAUCUUGCCAUCCAGUAUUAUAUUGGGCGAUAAAAAUCGCAACUUACCGAGUUUGGGUGUAGAUGGGUUAAGACUCUUGGUUGCUCAAGCAGAUUUUACUUCAGACAUUGUCGCUAGUUCCACAGUCAUAAAUCACGUUGCAGAAUCCUUGAAGAAGUUUAGACUUACGCUGCGUUUCAUUCUGGGGAACUUACAAGAGAGCGAGACUUUCAAUUUACUCCCAUUUGAAAAACUAAGGCCAGUUGAUCUGUAUGUUUUGUCUAAACUUCAGGAUUUGAACAAAAGCUCCAAGGAUUUAUAUGACAACUUCAAUUUUUGCAAAGUUCUAACUGAUUUGCAAUACCAUAUGAAUAAUAAUUUAUCCGCUUUCUACUUUGACAUUAUAAAAGAUUCAUUAUACUGCGAUUCUUCAACAGCCCUUAAACGGCAGCAGAUUCAGACAACUUUAUUCCAUAUUUUUGACGUCUAUCGAGCUAUUUUGGCUCCGAUAAUCCCAGUCAUGGUCCAAGAAGCUUGGAACCAUCUACCGAAGCAAUGGCUAAUCAAUCAAAAAACUGGAUUCGUUGAUCCUCAAGAGUCUUCUUCAAGGAGACCACGUUCACAACUUAAUAUACCAAAUAGCCAAUCUCUAGUCCCCAAAUUCGAGAAGAACCAAUUAGAGAUCCUCAACAAGUUUAAUGAACUUUUCAAGAAAAUGCCUACUUUAACUAAAAAUUCACAGGUAAAACUUACAUUAAUUUCCCAGGAAUCAUUACCGUUUGAUGAACAAGAAAUUUCAGACCUCACCCAGGCUGCAGAAGUUCGCUUUUCUUCCGAUGUUCUAACAUUCCACACAGAGCAGAUCCUUACCAUCCAAACUACUUUAGAAAAUGACGUAAAAGUAAAGAUUUACGUCCAAAAAAGUUCAAGCCAUAAAUGUCCAAGGUGCUGGAAAAACAAUUCUCCUGUGGAAGAUCAUUUAUGUGCUCGUUGUGCUUCAGUUGUUCGCGAUGGUUUGUAA